CUCCUUUCAUGCAUAGCAACUGUACUGAUCUUUGAAAGUUAGCUGGAGAUUCAAGAAUUUCACUGCGCCAAGGAGUCCACUGUCCAGCACACAUUACAAGAAGAAUAAUUGUAACGGUUGUUGCACCGGUGCCAGUAGCGACACUGCGUUUGAAAAACGAAGUUCAAGGCCGAAUACGAAUCCAGAUACAGAACUUCAACUUCUGACGAUUGUUUGACCUGAAUACUCUCCAGGAAACGUGAAAAUCAAGGAAAGGAGUCAGAAAGCAAUGGCCCAUGCGUGUGAGGAACCACAGGACAGUGUUGGUACACAGCGGCAUGAAGAACGGACGAGCCAUGCUCCGCGGAGUGAAGAUGAGGAUCACGUUCUUGUUGGGCUGACAUUAAAACGCGGUUUUAGAAAUGGAAGAGCCUUGCUGAUUCUUACCGCUGGCCUCAGUGGUGUUCUGCUCGACGAAAGCAGUCGUAAACUGCACUUCACUCGCUUCCCGCCGCCAUCGCAGUUCCUCAGAGCUGGUGAGAAGCAUAGGUUUGAUAUCACUUUGAGAAGCAGCGCUCCACACAGUAUUCACCGGUGCUCUUUAAACUCAGUCUGGAGAAUACGCCUCUGCGAUGUGCGGCCGUGUUGUACAUUCGAGGUGCCAAUCAUUCUGCCUGAGGAGAACUUCCAUAUCACCAUCCUGGUUGAUCAAUCAGUGUUGACACAUGUCACGCUAGAUCCUGACGCGGCCCUGAGCUCCGACACAGUGCCCCUACCCAGCCUGGACACAGAAGACAAGCGGAGGAUGGUCGAGUCGACCAUUCUUGCAGCAGGUGCUGGAUUUCAAACUCAAGCGUGCCAGGCUGUAUUCCUGACCUCCAAGGACAAGCCUGCAGAGAUGGCACAUCGGAAAUCAGUCGACGACACUUGCUCUACGACAACCAGUCCUGGCAGCCGUCCCCCCGCUGCAGCACCAGAACCCAGGCGGAAUAAUUCCGCGUGUCGACCGUGCACGGUUGUGACGAACAGGUAACACAUGCUGCACUGUGUUGGGCGAGACAAGGCAAAUGUGCUACCGUCUGGUGUGCUACCCAUGCGCUUGGGGUGUUGUUACCGAGACUCUCCGACCGAGACUCUCCGACUGAGACUCCCCGUGCAUUAGCUUGCAUCAUGCGGCUGGUCAUGGUUUGAAUGGCAGCAAAUCCACCCUCGUUCCACACGAACAAUGCAUUGUUCAUGGAGGAACGGUAGUAAAAGCAACAUUGACGCAUACAUGUGUCACAAUGCUCUUUAAUUCUUAUGGAUACAUGAGCGCUAGACCUGUAGAUUUUACUUAGGUGCUAAUCUUGCUCUAUUAAGUUAAUUUCAAAUUUCUUUCACUAGUUUUAAUACGUCCUGGGGUCAUUACAUGAUUGCCGGUGUAUAGCACAUGGAAUAUCAUCUUAGGCAUUCAACGUGACAUGUAGCCUCGGCCAUGACGCGAAUCAGCAAGUCCUCCCAGCUGGGUACAUGACCCAAUGGGAGUGCAUGACCAUUGCAUCUAUCUAAAAAAAACCUGUAAUGGCAUGCUUCCCGGGAUCAGAGUUUAAACUGGACCUUCUCUUGCUGGUGAAAUGUUGCAUUCCACUGUUGUUUUGUGAGAAAAUGAAGGUUUGGGUAUAAACCACCAUAUCAG